AUCUUAGUCUCAUCUUAGUAUCAAGACAUUGCAUUGUUGGACACAAAGCCAUUUGGCAAGGCAUUAGUACUUGAUGGAAAGCUUCAGAGUGCAGAAACAGAUGAAUUUAUCUACCAUGAAUGUCUUGUUCAUCCAGCUCUUCUUCACCACCCUAUGCCAAAAAAUGUUUUCAUUAUGGGUGGAGGAGAAGGGUCUACUGCAAGGGAACUUCUCAGGCACAAGACUAUAGACAAAGUUGUAAUGUGUGACAUUGAUGAGGAAGUGGUGGAGUUUUGCAAAUCAUACCUAGUUGUAAACAAGGAAGCUUUCCAUGAUUCGAGACUUGAAGUCGUCAUCAAUGACGCGAGGGCUGAACUAGAAGGCAAAGAAGAGAGGUAUGAUAUAAUAGUUGGAGAUUUGGCUGAUCCAAUAGAAGGAGGUCCUUGCUAUAAGCUUUACACUAAAGACUUCUAUGAACUCAGUCUCAAGCCAAAACUGAAGAAAGGUGGAAUAUUUGUGACACAGGCAGGGCCUGCUGGAAUAUUCAGUCACACAGAAGUUUUCUCAUGUAUUUACAACACCUUGAGACAAGUUUUCAAGUAUGUGGUGCCUUAUUCAGCUCAUAUCCCAUCUUAUGCUGAUAUUUGGGGAUGGGUCAUGGUAGGUUUAUAACUAUUGAUGAUCAAA